AAUACCUAGUAGUGCAAUUGCUGGGUCAUAGGGUAGUUCUAUUUUUAAUUUUUUGAGGAACCUCCAUACUGUUUUCUAGAGUGGCUGCACCAGUUUGCAUUCCUAGCCUGUGAUUUCUUAAGCACUAAAAAUGUCUUGCUGAAGGAGGGCUGAAAGAUAGACUUUGCUGUCACUUAGGAGUUUUGAAUUUGGGGCAGAUUAUGCUCUUCUUCCAUUUGCUUAUUUGACCCUGAGGAUCCAUAACCCUGGACCUAUAGUUUACUCAUUUCAUUAGUCAGAUACUAGAUGAUACAUGUUGUGCGGCAAGCAUUGUGGAGGCCCAGGAGGGGGCUGGGCCCACAAGGAGCUAACAGUCUGCCAGAAGGGGCAAAGGCACAGUCAUAGUGACUUCCGGGCAUGAGUAAGAUGGAUACAUAACACUCGUCAGUGAUUUAGGUGGGGAUUUCUUUUAGGAAAAUGAUAACAUAGAUUUAAAACAAGAUUAAUUUACAGUAGUUGGAAAAGAAACCUGCUGCUUCUUUUUUCCAGGCGUGUAAGUACUUUUGCAAACAUGUUAAUUCAGUACUUUCUUAGGUUGCACAUAUAUUUCACUUAAAUUCUGAUGAUGGGCAGUUACUUAAAAUUAAGAGUACAGAGGAUUUAGAGCAUUUGAGAGAACUUACGGUCUCUUCCAUAACUGCUAUUUUGAAGUCUGUGAUCCCCUCCCAAUCUGACAUAUGGUCUCAUAGUUGUGACCAAAGUAAAUGACACUGUUCUGUUCCUAAGGUACGUCUACAGAUCCUUAUCAAAAACCCUUGGGCCUCGGGGCGCCUGCGUGGCUCAGUCGGUUAAGCGUCCGACUUCGGCUCAGAUCAUGAUCUCGCGGUCCGUGAGUUCGAGCCCCGCGUCGGGCUCUGUGCUGACAGCUCAGAGCCUGGAGCCUGUUUCAGAUUCUGUGUCUCCCUCUCUCUGACCCUCCCCCGUUCAUGCUCUGUCUCUCUGUCUCAAAAAUAAAUAAACGUUAAAAAAACAAAAUUAAAAAAAAAAACAAACACCCUUGAGCCGGAUGUGUUCUGGUAUUCAGAGGUUUUUGGAUUUUAGAAAGGUAAGGCAGCAUAUAUCCUGUCUAUUAUACCAUGCUCUCAGCGGGAUUUGGGGGCAGCACUCUCUAAUAAAACAGUUUCUGUAGUGAACUGUAUAAGUGGACAACAAAGUAUCAUAAAACUAGCUCGUGUCAUUUCAGGUCUAGACAGGGGGCUACACACCUAUCAAAAACAAAACAAACAAAUGAAAACAAAAUAAACCUCAAUUUUCAGUGCCUUUUGGAUUUUGGAAUUGCAGACCAGGAGCACCAUUGAUUGAAGGUUAAUGGUGUGGGAAGAACUCUGCUGGAUGCUUUUCAUCUGAUUUAUUCCCUACAACGUUGAACUCAGGUGCUUUUAUUCCUGUCUUCAAGUCAUAAAUAAAAGGUUCAGAGAGGGUGUAGCCCAGAUCUGUGUGGCUGUAAAGCCUGUCUCUACGACACUAAGCAGUCAUGUGAGGGCUUUACCUUUGCUCGGGCUCCAGGCACUGGGAGCCACCAGCACCGCUCGCCCAAACCACUGCAGCCGCCUCUAUUUGGUCUCCUUACUUCUGCACGUGCUCUGCUUCCCUUUCCACACCUGUCCUUGCCCCCAUACCUUGUUCUUUACAUAGUAUCAGAGUAAUCCUGUAAAACGUAAAUCCAAUCACAUCCCCCCACUACUUAGAGAACCUUCUGUAACUAACUUCCUAUUGCAAUUGUAGUAACAUCCACCAGUUCUGACCGUGAACCACAAGGUCUAUGUGGGUGGCACUGGCCCACUUCUCUGUCUCACUUCCUACUCUUUACCCCUCAUUCAAUGUGCAGCAGUCCCCUUGAUCUUUUUGUUAUCCCUUCAAAGGCCAUGCUGGUUCCUGAGAUACCCUUCCCCCAUAUCUUAAUAUGAUGGACUUUCUCAUUGCUCAGUCUUCAUUUAAAUAUUGCCUCCUAAGAAAGGUCUUUCCUGACCGCUGUGUCUACAACCACCUCCCUCUGUCCCCGCCAACAGAGCUCAUCCUCUAUGCCGCACCCCUAUUUAAUUUCACUGUGGCACUUUCAGCCAUCUGAUCGUCAUAUUAUCCAUUGCUUUUAUUUGUUUCUGUACAUGAUCAUUUUCUGUCUUCCCUCAGUGGAAUGCAGGUAGGGUUAUAAUCUGUCCUGUGCACAUCUGUAUAUACUCAUGGUCAGAACAGCGCCUGACACUUGAUAAACAUUUACUGAAUAAAUGAAGAAAGGAUACACAGAAAACAGCAGAUGAAGAAAAAGGAGAAGACAAGGGGAUUGAACGUGGAGUAUUUAAUUUUAAUGAGUCAUCCUUUCAUUCUCCUGCAUACCGUUCAACUGUUCAGCACUUACCACUGCCCACUGGGUGUUGAUAUACAAAGAUGAGUAAGACAUAGAACCUACUUCCCAAAGAACUCACUGGGCUGUUAUCAGAGCUGGGCAAAGUGGAGCAGCCGGGCCUUGGAGGAAUACUAGUGGGCCCUCCAACAUCAAAGAAGACUUGUGGAGCCUCACAGAUGAGUGGGAGUUGCCUGGUAGACAGAGGGCUCACAUAUUGCAUUCACAGCAAAGAGAAAAGCAUGUGACAAGUCAUGGCGGGGGAGGUCUGGGGGGGCGGGGGGAGGUCUGUAGAUACUUGGGCAUCCAGUCAUUGAUUAUUGAGCCACUACUAUAACAGCCUGCUCCCUUCCCUUUUACAGCUUGUGAACUCUUUUGGCGCACAGUUAUAUAAGCAAUUGCAGCAAAGGGGACAAGAGCUGUGAUAGAGCACCAAACCAGGUAGAGCACCAAACCAGGACCUCUUCAAGGGUGUCUGGGAAGUGACAUUUGAGCUGAGAUCUAUAGGAAAUAGGAGUUGACCAGGCAAAGGCAGUGGAAGGGGUAGAGCCAAGAACAUUUCAGGAGGCGGCGUGUUGGACAGAAGGAGUUAGGAGUCAGGAGGGAGGGGUAGAGGUGUUCUUUUGCACACCACCAUUGUGUAGGUGGAAUUUAAAGCCAUAAUUCUAGAGGUGAUCACCAGGGGAGUGAGUGUUAGAAGAGAGAGGAGAUCCAAGGACUGGACCCUGGGGUACUAGAAUAUUUACAAGCAAUGUCUGUUCAAGUCCUUUGCCAGUUUUUAAUUAGGUUGUCUUUUUGUUGUUGGGUUGUAAAAGUUCUUUAUAUAUUCUGGAUAUUAGACCCUUAUCAGCAUAUGAUUUAUAGAUAUCCCAUUCUGUACAUUCAUUUUCUUCAUAGUGGCCUGUGUCACACAAAUGAUUUUACUUUUGAUAAAACCCAGUCUAUCUGUGUUUUCUUUUGCUGCUUGUGCUUUUGCUGUGAUAACAAAGAUUCCAUUGCCAAAUCCAAGAUCAUGAAGAUUUACCCUUAUGUCUUUUUCUUCUAAAAGUUUUAUAGUUUGAGCUUCUGUAUUUAGGUUCUAUAUAUUUUUUAGAUUUUCCUUAUGAUUUAAGUCGUUACUACUCUCUUGGUCCAAUGAGACCCAUAAACUGGGGUCAUAAUUUACCCAGGUAAAUUUACCUAAAAUUGACUUUUCAAAGAAAGAUUUUGGAGAUUUCAUAUGGAAGUCUAUUUCUGUAUUGCAAAGUCUUUAAUGAUUUCACAAACUUCACUUUAUAUAUGUACUCUCGACCUUUUUCUUCUCAGCAUGAAGAAUUCUGAUUCUACUCCUGUAACCUUUUUACCUUCCCAGCCAGGUAGAUAAACUUGUACCUGACAUUCACUAGAAACAGAGAGUGGAGUGGAAGAGAGAGAUCCCUUUCCUUUUUUGGCCAGUUGAGUUAUGAAAGUAGAAAGUUUUGGUAUGCAGUUCAUGAGAGAAAAAGAUUUUUUAACAAAGUCUUCUCUGUAUUUAUGUGGGGCUGAAAUGAGUCUCUUUUUUAAUGUUUAUUUAUUUUUGAGAGAGAGAGAGAGAGCAUGUGCAUGUGAGUGGGGGAGGAGCAGAGAGAGAGGGAGACACAGAAUCAGAAGCAGGCUCCAGGCUCUGAGCUGUCAGCACAGAACCCAACGCGGGGCUUGAACUCAUGAGGUGCAAGAUCAUGACCUGAGCUGAAGUUGGACACUUAACCAACUGAGCCACCCAGGUGCCCAGAGAUGAGUCUUCGAAAGAAGAUUCUUCUUACCCUGUUUUGUCUCCUAAACUGGACUGGGAAAAUCAGAUUAAAUAUGUUCUGUGUUACUUUUUUCAAACAUCUCUUCUGUUCUAGGUUACUAGAAGAAAUGGCCAAUCAUCGUCCACCAAGUUUUUUUAUAGAAGAACUUAAUGUAUACUGUCAGAAGCACAACAUGGUACUUAAGUAUCAGGAACUGUCUAAGACAGGACCUCCACAUAACUUAAGGUUUAAAUACCAAGUUAUCAUAGAUGAGAGAGAAUAUCCAGAAGCUGAAGGUAAAUCGAAGAAGGAGGCCAGAAAUGCUGCAGCCAAAUUGGCGAUUGAAAUACUUAAUAAAGAAAACAAGGCAGUUAGUUCUGUAUCACUGCCAACAACACAUUCAUCAGAAGGAUUAGGAUUAGGAUCCACUGGGAAUUUCAUAGGCUGUAUCAAUAGGCUUGCCCAGAAGGAACAACUGUCUGUAAAUUAUGAACAAUGUGAAUUGAAAGAACCUGGGCCUGAAAGAUUUCAUUAUAGAUGCAAAAUUGGACAGAAAGAAUACGGUAUUGGUGUAGGUAGUACUAAGCAAGAAGCCAAACAGUCAGCCGCUAAGCUUGCAUAUGAGCAGAUACUUUCAGAGAAAACCUCAAUGAAAGCUGACUCGGUAUUAGCUGGUUCUUUGAUUACUUCGCCUGGUGACUUUGGAAGCAACACUUUGGUGAAAAGCAUAUCUGCUUCUGAAUCACCAUCUGAAAAUGAUUUCUUGGAAAAUUCAUCAGGAGGAAGUUGUGACAGGGGCCGUGUAAACAAUUCUUCAUCUCCUAUGGACAAUGUCAGAAAUAGUGAAAAGAAGGUGAAAAGAAGUUUGGCACCUACAUUUAACUCUCCUGUGACAAAAGACAGCAGGUGUUCUGUGGAACUCAGGUUUACCAGCGAUUUUACAGAAAUAGAACCGAUUGGCUCAGGUGGAUAUGGCCAAGUUUUCAAAGCAAAACACAGAAUUGAUAGGAAGACUUAUGUUGUUAAACGUGUUAAAUAUGAUAGCGACAGGAAGGCAGAGCGUGAAGUAAAAGCUUUGGCAGCUCUCGAUCACCCAAAUAUCGUUCACUACUACAGCUGCUGGUUUGGCGAUGAUUACCAUUCUGUGGACAGCAUUAACACUUCAAGACCAAAGACUAAGUGCCUUUUCAUCCAAAUGGAAUUCUGUGGUAAAGGGACAUUGGAGCAAUGGAUUGACAGCAGAAGAGGCCAGACACCAGACAAACAUUUGGCUUUGGAAUUGUAUGAACAAAUAACAGCAGGUGUGGAUUAUAUACAUUGCCAACAGUUAAUCCAUAGAGACCUUAAGCCAGGUAACGUGUUUUUGGUAGAUACAAAACAAGUAAAGAUAGGAGACUUUGGACUUGUGACAUCCCUGAAAAAUUACGCAAAUCGGACAAGGAAUACAGGAACUCUUCGAUACAUGAGCCCAGAACAGAUUUCUUUACAAGAAUAUGGAAACGAAGUGGACAUCUUUGCUUUGGGGCUAAUUCUCGCGGAACUCCUUUACAUAUGUCCCACUGUUUCAGAAACAUUACAGAUUUUUAAAGAGCUAAGGGACGGCAAGUUCUCAGAUGUAUUUGAUGGCAGAGAAAAAAUUCUUCUGCAAAAAUUACUGUCACCCGAACCCGCGAAACGGCCUCAUGCAUCUGAAAUACUGGAGACUUUGAAGGAGUGGAGGAAUGUAAAAGAGAAUAAGAAACGAAGCACAUGUUAGAGCUCUUCUAAAAAAAGUAUCCUGCCUUGGAUAUUCAAUUUUUCUAUAACUGUCUAAAAUCUUCUAGGGACACCUAUUGGGUAUUUACCUUCUAUUUUUAUUUUCCUCUUAAUUUUUCACUAAAUUUUAAGAAGGUUUGAAUCUUUUUUUUUUUUUUUUUUUACUUCAAAAACAUUCAGACACUUUUCUUUUCCUGAGCUUAUCUUCUUAUUAUAAACAUAGGGGAGAAUAUCUCUCAAAUUUUUAAAAUAUUAGCAAAUCAAUUAAUAUUCAUUAAAUGUCAACUGUUUCUAGGCCAAAAAUAUAUGAGAUAUCUCACUGUUUGAAAUAGCUAAUUUAGAGAAAUAUGGUACUCAUAAGAAGAUAAGUGAUAUACAAUCACUUUGGAAAACAAUUUGGUAUGAUCUGGUAAAGUUGAAGGUGUAUAUACCCUCAAAGCCAUCAAUUUGGUUCCUACAUGCUUGCCUACCAGAAUGUUCAUAGAAACCUUGUUCAUAACAGCCAAAAGAACAAAAAACAAUGUGCAUCACAAGAAGAAUGGAUAAACUGUAUUUUUCCAUACACUGUAAUACUAUAUAGCAGUGAAAAUGAACGAAUUAUAUAGCUAAGUGCAGUAACAUGAUACAUCUCUGAGGAACAUAAUGUUAAGCCAACAAAGCCAGUUACAGAAAACAUAUACAGAAUGAUUCUAUUUAUAUAAAGUUGCAGACCCCGCUAAAUGAAAUACUUUGUUUAGAAAUCCAAACAAAUGUGGUAAAACAAUAAAGGGAAAGAAAAGAAUAAGAAAUUCUACAUUUUGAUGGUGGUUUUCUGAGGAGGGAUGGAAGUGGUGUGAUAGGGGAAGUAAACUUCAAAGAUAACAGUUCACUUUGUUUUAAGUUUAUUUAUUUAUUUACUUUGGAGAGAGAGAGAGGAGAGAGAGAAUUCCAAGCAGGCUCUACACUUACAGCAUGGAGCCAGAUGUGGGGCUCGAACUCUUGAGACACGAGAUCAUGACCUGAGCCAAAGUCAAGAGUUGGAUGCUUAAGCAUCAUGACUGAGUCACCCAGGCACUCCUCACUUUUUUUGUCUUAAACCAGAUGUUGCAUUCACUACUGUUUACUGUGUACUCUUUUUAUCUUAAAUACAUUUUGUAUCUAUUAGAACAAACACUUUAAAGAGAUAACUGUGCUAGAAGGUAGUAGGUAAGCACAGAGAAGAAUCGGUCUGGAGAAGUUUCCAGGAGAUCACUUUCUACUGAGGUAUCAUGGCAUAUGGCUUAGAAGUGGCAUUCCAGUGAGACUUCUAAGUAGGCUAGGGAUUUAGACAAGUAGUGAGGAGGAAAUAUGGGCAGGAGUCUGGACAAGAGCCAUGGCUUGAGUUCUGGAAAAGAUAUACCUAAGAAUGUUGGGUAUACUUUGUUUCCCUGAAUUGCUGGAGAGAAUACCAGAAGAUAAUUUGGGUGACAUCUUGGGAAAAAACCUGAGGGAAAAAACCUGUCAUAUAAUUUUACAGUUUUUAAAGUGAGCCAAGUUUAGGCUAGGCAGAAAAGUCACAGAGAAAGGCUUUUACAAAGGCUAUAGCUAUUUCUAAAAAGUUAUUGAAAGCAGUUAAUAUGGUUUUCAACUCUCCAUGCAGUAUUUGAUCAAGGCAAGGUUUAUCAAUGGAGGGUAAAACCAUUGGUUGAAAAGGUGUUGGGGAACAAGAUCUUCAAAGGAUUUAAAUAUAAUCCCACAGAUGAUAUAUCAGUUACAAGGGGGAAAGGGAAAUGUACCUUUACAUGUACCUUUACAAUGGAAAGACCUCCUGGUCUCCUUAAUAACCAUGUGAUUAAAUCAACAUCACUGAAGGUGGGACUGACUACCUAAUAUUAUGCCUCUCCUGAUGUAAGAGUUAUGUACUAUCACCUAUUUAGUUUUCUUGCCAAAGCAUUUAACUGGAACUCAAUCAUGAAGAAAUUAUUAGACAAAUCCUGAAUUAAGUCAUUCUAUAAGGUAAUUACCUUGGGCUUCUCAGAAAGUCAAUAUCACACACAAAAAAGUAGAGGAAGUAUUCUAAAUAGAGACUAGAGAGGUAUAACGACCAAAUGUGAUACUUGAACCUUGAUUGUAUCUUGGAUGUUAAAAAAAAAAAAAAAAAGAGAUAAAAAAAAAAAAAAGCCUGGAGCGCCUGGGUGGCUCAGUGGGUUGAGCGUCUGACUUUGGCUCAGGUCAUGUUCUCAUGGUCCAUGAGUUCAAGCCCUGCAUCGGGCUCUGUGCUGACAGCUCAGAGCCUGGACCCUGCUUCAGAUUCUGUGUCUCCCUCUCUCUCUGUCCCUCCCCCACUCACACUCCCUCUCUGUCUCUCAAAAAUAAAUAAACAUUAAAAAAAAAAACCAUCAAAUUAUAAAAGACGUUUUGGGGACAGUUAACAUUUGGGUAUGGACUGCAUAUUAGAUGGCAUUAUAGAAUAAUUUUUAACUUUCUUAGGUGUGAUAAUGAUAUUGCAGUCAUGCAGGAAGAGGUCUUAUUCUUAGGCAGUGCAUGAGGAAAUAUUUAGGGGUGAAGUGGCAUGAUAGGGACAACUUUCAAAUGUUUAGUGAAAAUCACUAUGUAUGUGAAGGGAGAAAAAGCAAAUGGGGCAAAAUGUUAACCACUGAAUCACUGAUAAAUCCAGGAGGAAGAUAAAGUUAUUUAUGCACAUAUGUGAUUUAGCUUUUAUAUAUACACAUAUACAUAGAUAAGUGUGUGUGUAUGGGCAGCUACAUAAUUUGGGACCCAGUGAAAUGAACACAUGGGGACUUUGUUCAGUAAUUAAGCAUGGGUCACUUCUUGAAUAUGGAGCUUUGUACAGCUGCAUAGUUUCCACAGCCGUAAAGCCAGACAUGUGUGAAGAUAUAUAUGUAUACACACAUAUAUACGUGCACGUGCAUAUGUAUCUGAGAUGAAAUGUUUAGAAGUCUAAAUACCAGCUUCUCCAAGACUCAAAUUAUCCAGGACCCUCACUAGAAACAAACUCACAACAUCCAUUCCCUACUGGAGUGUCCACCAUAACUUGAGGUUCCUGGCAUGUUAACUUUUCAUUAUGGAAUAUUGGAAUUCAUUGUGGAAUAUUUCAUUAUGGGAUAUUAUGGAAUAUUGAAUGAUUCUAAUAUUAUUCAUAUUUAAUUUAAUAAAUUUUAUGUUAAAGCAUACACAAAAACAGAAUAAUGAAACUCUAUGUUUCAUUCAUUCAUUCAAAUAUCAACAUUAUGCCUUCUUUGUUAUAUAUACCUCCUUCCUUUUUUUUUAAUGUUUAAUCAUUUAUUUUGAAAGAGAGAAUGAGCUAGCUUGUACAAGCAGGGCAGGGGCAAAGAGAAAGGUAGCGAGAGACUCCCAAGCAGCUGUGCACUGUCAGUGCAGAGCCAGACAUGGGGCUCGAUCUCAUGAACUGUGAGGUGACCUGAACCAAAAUCAAGAGUCAGAUGCUUAACCAACUGAGCCACACAGGUGUCCCAACCCCCCUUCCUUUUUUAAAUUUUCUUCUACUGGAGUAUUUUAAAGCAAAUCUCAGUCCUUGUAUCAUUUCACUUGUAAAUACUUAAAAAUGUAUUUCUGACAUAAGAUCUCUUGAAUUUUAACAAAGCCAUGAUACAUUGUCAUUCCACAAAAUUAAUAUUUCCUUGAUGGUUGUAUAGUAACCAGUCUGUAUUCAGUUUUCUUCACAAAAAUAUAUUUUGGCCAGUUGUUUAAAUCAGGAUCCAACAUUGCAUUUAGCUGAUGUCUCUUUUGCUUUGUAACAUUUACCCCUGUUUUAAAUUUCUUUCCUCUUGCCAUUUAUUU